GUCGCUGGGUGGCUGAGUGGGGGCCCUAGAGCUGAGAGAGAGACAGAGAGAGAGAGACAGUUUAACUCCCGGGACAAACUGGGGAAAGAUCGGGAACCUGUGGACCGGGGAACUGGACGUUAUAAGACUGAGGAAGGAGGACGCACCAAAAACCGAGCGGUCGCUUAUUAUCGGCAAAAUCUGACAACCAGGGAGGUUCAGCGAGACGAAGGCCAGACUUUCAAACGACCACACUGGAAGGCACCAGCGCAACAUGAUCUUGUGGGACUUGUUCUAAAAAUAUCAGCUGUUGGAAAUACAUGGACUGACAGGAGCGUUUGUUUUCUGCUUUUCAGGAUGUAAAAAAAUCUUGAUGAAUUUUGAUCUCUGACGUGUUGAGGAUUGAAGCUGAACUGAUCUGGAGGAUCUUCGUGCUGCUCGAAGCUCUUUAGAUAUUGAAGGAAUCUGAUGUAAUUUUAGUUCUGACACUCAGACGUCGUUACUGAGACUCGAUUGAUUCCACCGAACUUUCUGGAACGUGUUUAGUUCAUCAGACCUCAUGAGAUGUGAGCGUGAAACCUUCAGAGCGAGACGUGAAUUUAUCGUUAGUGUAAAUCCACAGCGUUCGUCCGGGCCGCUCGGUUCCUGAAGCCCGUCCCGAGUCUCGGGUUCCUCUCGGAUCUCCGGCGUCAUGCGUAAGGCCGAGGUGCAGGUGACCCUAAAGAAGGGCGUGGAGGACGGAGCUGGACUCGCGCCCCCGAGCCCGCGGAUCCCCUCCAAGAGGGCGAAAGUAAACCCCGACCAGGCCGUGCCCGACACCGACUCGAUCUACCCAAACCCCACGCCGCCCGCCUUCAUCCGGAAGAUGAGGAACGCCGCCGUGGGCACCGGCUGCGACAUCCGGCUGAAGGUGGCGGUGGCGGGGGAUCCGCAGCCGUCGCUCUACUGGUACCACAACGAUGAGCCGCUCAGCCUGGAGCACCAGGAGUACGGAGGCCUGUGGAUCCGCGACUGCAAGCCGACCGACGCCGGGCUCUACACCUGCAUCGCUAGCAACUAUCUGGGCGAGGCCAAGAGCAGCGCCGUACUCGCCGUCCUGGACCUGGGAGAAGACUCCGAAACCACCGAAGACGAAGCAGCCGAACCGCAGAUGGAGGCCAAAGGAGGAUGCAGAGGCGCUUCGGAUGAAGCCUCCCAGCGAGUCCCGACAGGUGGACGGAUGAUGGACGUGGCGUCUGAUGCCGGCGAGAACACGCCCGCCGAGAGAGAGGCGCCGUCACCGGGACUCAGAGCGGCGGGGCCACAGGCCACCAGGAGCCAAUCUGACGAGUUCCUGAGGAGAUCUCCCUCACAAGUUCUCCCUCCCCCGUCCCCCAAACUAGUCCGUUUGUCCACCUCUCCCAUGUUCGGCCGUCCUGGUUCGGGCCCCCCCACACCCCUGAGCCCACGCAAGAGAGCCGUAGUGCCCACUGAGUACCAGGACACGGUCCCGGGAGAGUUCGAGGAGAAGAUUAAACAACCCAAGUCUUCAGCCAUGUCUCAGAGCAGUGCCCAGGACUCUCGACCCCAGACCCCCGUCAGCGAGUACUCCCGGAAGGACCUGACCUCUCGGCCCUCGCCCAAACUUACACGCGCCAGCUCCAAACUCUUCGAAAGGGUGCGAGUGUUUGAAGAGCGCCGGAAAAGCAUCGACAAUCCUGAGGGCUCCAUCUCCGGACGCUCCUGGGCUGGGUUCCACAGAGCUUCUUCCGUCGACUCUGAUGACGGAGGAAGUCGACUGGGCAUCUCAAGAGAGAGCUCCAAAGAGGAUCUUCACGAAGCUCUAAAAGCAGAUGCCGAGCAGCGAAGGUCUUCAUUCAGGCACAGGGCUUCUUCUCUAGACGACCGACCCCGCUACUCCCAGAAGGUGCAAGACAUUGAGACCAAGUUUACAGAGGAGCUUCAGCGCAUCAAGAAACUUGUGGGCAAACCACACAUGAAGAAGUCUUUCUCAACUGAGCAGCUCUCGACUAGUCACAGAGGCAGGUCACCCAUGAGGAAACUAGAACCCAUCCCACCUCAGGUUCUUCAGAAGCUUCAGGACAGGGAGCGGGCUCAGCAGGAAAAAGAGAAGAGGGAGCAACAGCAAACCAAGAGUCUUCCCAUGCCGAAAUCAUCUCCAGGACAGACGACUCGACAGCACCAGAAGGAAUCGUCACCAGAGAAGAAAGUUCUGCAGGACCGAUCACCUGCGACAUCUAGAAAGGUUAAUUGUGCUCCAGAAGGUAUGUCUCAAUCUGAUUUACCUGGACAAAGAUCUCCAAGACUAUUAGGCAGACCUAGUCCAACUGGCGAGAGCCCUCGAAGAUCUCCGACUGUGGAGGUUCUCUCCAUGGCUGAGGAGCGUCCACGGUCACCUCAUCACACAGCGAGAGCAGAGUCUCCGUCCAGGACUGUCCUGGAUAUGACAUUACGAAAGGUAGAACCCAGACCUGCCAGCCCGCUUGUAAAGAGAGUAGCCUGUGUCCAGGACGUCUCCCCGAUCCACACUGAGAACGAGUCUGCACAGAGAAAGUCGCCCAUCGAGCUCACACUGAGGAAGCUGGAGAGAAGACCUGAAAGUCCUCUGGUGCAGAGAGAGAUGGUAGCAAUAAAAGAGCUUCCUGUCCAGUCGUCUCCCAAACGUCCCAGAGUUCUGGUGUCCUCCUGCGAUGAAGAGAAGAUGCUGGUGGACGUGACUCCAUUAUCUCCAGCAGCUAAGCUCACUAUCCCUCAGAUUGUGGUUGAGGACGAGCCCAUGGAGACAGACGUGCCAUCAGCUCAACCGAGCGAGAUAUCAAGCCCCCGCCCCAGCCCCACCAAAGAGGAGCGACCGCAGAAACCAAGAGGACGAGGACGCAAACAGAGACCCAUGUCUCCUGAACUCGAAUCCUCGGACGAUUCGUACGUGUCAGCAGAAGAGGACCCCCUGGAGGCCCCUGUGUUUGAAUUCCCUCUUCAGGACACGGUGGCAUCGUCCGGGUCUGAAGUGCUUCUGAAGUGCAUCAUUUCAGGAAACCCCAUUCCUGAAGUGACGUGGAUGAAGAACAGCGUGGAGAUAAAGAGCAGCCCCACACAUGUGGUGAAGGUGGAGGGUGAAAGACACUCACUUCUUAUUAAAUGGGCGAAGCUGAGUGAUGCUGGUUCCUACAACGUUACAGCUACCAACGAGGUGGGCGUGGUCUCCUGCAGUGCCGCCCUCUCCAUCAAACCAGAACCAAACCAGGACCUGAAAGGGAACCUGGGCAUGGCCAUGGACAUCAGCAGCCCCAUCACCUCAGAUGAGGAGUAUCUCAGCCCCCUGGAGGAGGCCAUGGAUUACGGAGGGCCGUCAUACCGGGGCCCCGAACCCCGAAAGAUCACCGACACCCGAUUUAAAGAGCCGCCCUUAUUUCAGGUAACGAUCGCUGAUCAGGCGGUUACUGAGGGACAGGAAGUGAUCAUGUCUGUCCGGGUGAGCGGGCAGCCUAAACCAAUCCUCUACUGGCUGAGGGACAGAGUCACCAUAAAAACCGGCCCCCGCCACACCGUGCGCCAGACCGAGGACGGCGCCUCCGAGAUGAUCAUCAAAUCGGCCGUGAGGUCUGACGCCGGGGUCUACACCGUCAAGAUCAUCAACGAGUACGGAACCAAACAGUGCGAGGCCAAACUGGAGGUGAAAGCGGCCCCGGCGGAGACGGGCCUGGCCGUGGUCAGACCCCUCAGGGACGUGGCGGUGCGGGCGGGGGAGUCGGCGCUGUUCGAGUGCCACGUGACAGGGCCGCAGGACGUGGACGUGGAUUGGCUGUCGGACGGGAGGCUCAUCCAGCCGGCGCUGCUCGACUGUAAGAUGCACUUCGAUGGUAGGAGGUGCCGACUGCUCCUCAACUCCGUCCACGAGGACGACAGCGGCACCUACACCUGCAAGCUCAGCACGGCCAAGGAGGAACUGACCUCCUGUGCCCAGCUGAAGGUCUCGCCCUCGGUGGAGCCGCUCUUCACCCGGCAGCUGGACGUGCUGGAGGUGAUCGAGGGUCGGAACGCCCGAUUCGACUGUAAGGUCAGCGGGACGCCGCCCCCCGUGGUCACCUGGACUCAUUUUGAUCACCCCCUGGUGGAGAGUGAAGAUAUCCGCGUCCUAAAAGAAGGCGGCCGCCACUCGUUGGUCAUUUCCCACGUCACCAGUGAGGAUGAGGGCUUCUACACGGUGGAGGCUCGAAACCCACACGGCGAGGCUGAGUGUUCAGCAGAACUCUACGUCCAGGAACCACGCCCGGCCAUUUCCUCUCAGAUGGCAAAGCUGGAGAAGAUGCCCUCUAUACCCGAGGAGCCGGAGGUCCCCGAGAGCGAGGUGGAGCGGUUCACCAUGCCCGACUUCGUGAAGCCGCUGUACGACCUGGACGUGGUGGAGGGUAAAGAGGCGGUUCUGAAGUGUAAAGUGGCCGGUUUGCCGUACCCCACCAUCGCCUGGUUCCACAACGGCAAGAAGAUCGAGAGCACAGAGGACAGGAAGAUGACCCAGUUCAGAGACAUCCACAGUCUGGUCAUACGCUCGGUGUGCCACGCCCAUGGUGGCGUCUACAAGAGUGUUAUCUCCAACAAGGUGGGCAAGGCUACCUGCUACGCCCAUCUGUACGUAACAGACGUUCUUCCUGAUCCUCCAGACGGCGCUCCAAGAAUCGAGUCCAUUACUGGCAAGACCGUCACUCUGACGUGGAAGAAGCCCAAACGUCUGGACCCGUCCAUCGACCCCGGCACCCUGAUGUACGCGGUUCAGCAGCAGGCCCUCGGCUCCAUCCAGUGGACCAUAAUCGCGUCCAGCCUGAAACAGACCACCUACACGGUCAGCUCGCUGUCCAAGGGCGUCCGCUAUGCCUUCCGUGUCCUGUCCAUAACCAGUAAAGCCUUCAGUAAACCUUCUCCUGCCACCGAGCUGGUGAUGCUGGUGGACAGAGGUCCGUAUCUAAAGGAAACUCCUGCCAUCACCGAUAAACCGGACGUGGUUUAUGUGGUGGAGAAUCAGUCGGUCAGCAUCACGGUCACCAUCAACCACGUCACCGCCGCCGUCACAUGGAAGAUGAGAGGGGCGACCCUGUCGAACAGAGCCGGGUUGUUUGAGAUGAGCAUGCCGGACGAUGAUCAGCACACGCUGAAGCUCUGUAAGGUGAAGAGUAGUGACCUGGGUCCACUCAGCUUCACCGCCAGCAACCCGUACGGCACCGACUCCUGCAUCCUCACCCUGGAGCUGGCAGUGGCCCCGACGUUCGAGUCCAUUAUGGAGGAUCUGGACGUUAGUGUUGGUGAGACGCCUCGUUUUGCUGUGGUGGUUGAGGGAAGGCCCAUUCCUGACAUCCUCUGGUACAAGGAUGACGUUCUUCUGUCAGAGAGCGGCCAUUUUACCUUCGUGUACGAUGAUAACGAGUGCUCUCUGCUGGUGCUCAACACUCAGCCCGGCGACUCCGGCGUUUAUACCUGCACCGCCAAGAACCUGGCCGGAUCCGUGUCCUGCAAAGCUGAGCUCACCGUUCACGCCAUGAAGCGUGUGAAGGAGCCGAUGGAGGACGAGGAGUCGAUACUGAGGAGGAUGAGACGACUGACUGAUUAUUACGACGUACACAAGGAGAUCGGGAGAGGAGCGUUCUCCUACGUGAAGCGAGUCUCUCAGAAAGCUGGUAAAGCCGAGUUUGCAGCUAAAUUCAUCUCGGCUCGAGCGAAGAGAAAAGCUUCAGCGCUGAGGGAGAUGAACAUCCUGUCCAGCCUGGAUCACGAGAGGAUCAUGUUCUUCCACGACGCCUUCGAGAAGAAGAACGCCGUCAUCAUCAUCACUGAGCUGUGUCAUGAGGAGCUUCUGGAUCGUCUCACUAAAAAAUCCACGGUGCUGGAGACCGAGAUCCGCUCCAGCAUACGGCAGAUGUUAGAGGGGAUCAGUUACCUGCAUCAAAACCACGUCCUACAUUUAGAUAUUAAGCCUGAUAACGUCCUCAUGGUCGACCACACCAGCGAUCAGAUCCGUCUCUGUGAUUUUGGGAACGCGGUGAAGCUUUCACCCGGAGAGGCCGUGUACUGUAAAUACGGAACCCCAGAAUUCAUCGCUCCAGAGAUCGUUAACCAGACACCCGUCUCUAAAGCUACUGAUAUCUGGCCGGUCGGAGCCCUGACCUAUCUGUGUCUGACGGGAGUCUCGCCGUUCGCUGGAGAAAACGACAGAAACACGGUUCUGAACAUCAGGAAUUAUAACGUCGCCUUCGAGGAGAACAUGUUCAUUGAUCUCUGCCAUGAAGGAAAAGGAUUCGUCAUUAAAUUACUGGUCGCUGACAGACUGAGACCAGAUGCUGGUGAGUGUCUUCGUCACCCCUGGUUCAAGAUAUUAAAUAAAGGAAAGAGCAUCAGUACGGAGUCCCUUAAGAAGUUCUUGCUGAGAAGAAAGUGGCAGAGGUCCCUCAUCAGCUAUAAGUCUAAAAUGGUCAUGAGAUCCAUUCCAGAGUUGCUGGAUGAUUCCUCCAGCCAUAUCUCCAUCGCCGUCCCACGGCAUCUGAAGGAGGGCUCACCACCACCCUCCUCGUCAUCAGAUUCUGAUGAGGACAUAGACGAGCUGCCCUUCAUCCCCAUGCCUCUUAAUAUGGAGUUCUUAGGCUCCAGGAUGUCAUUGAAUGAAAUUACCGGGGACGAGGAAAUGAAAGGCAAGGCCAACGGAGACCUCGAAAGGUCUGACCAGUCCUCUCAGAAGCCGGAGCCCAUGGAGUGUGAGCCUUCGGAGGAAGCUGAGAAUGCUUCUGCGAGAGGUCGGGCUCGGAAGAGGGCUACACAGGAUGAUGACAAAGGCUCCUCUGAUGAGGAACCGGCCGAAAAGAGAGACCAGCCCAAGAGACCGCUUCGGAGGGGUUCGAGUAUGGAGUCCGAGCAGUCUGAAGGACCUCGUCGGAGAGGUGAACUGCGCCGAGGAAGCUCUGCGGACAGUGCUCUGCAACUUCACAUCAAACCUGAGGAAAGUGCUGAGGAGAGUGCCAUGGAUGGUAAACAAAUCCUUAAAAAAUCGCUGUCUAUGGAGCUGCCUCGGAGGAGCCCGAGUCCCGGAGCGGCCAAGUUAAGUCAGGAGGAUUACGCCCUAAAACUGGAGCUGAUGAGACAACGACUUCUUAGAGGAGGAUCUGCGGACAACAAGAUGAGUGGCCUUAGAGGCCCCCUGUUGGAGACCUUGGGUAUGAGCGAUGAGAAGCGCUUUGCACGCGGGCCUCGGCUAGGAAACCCUCCUUUGGUUCGAGCUGCGUCCAGCGAUUCACCUAGAGAGGACAUUCCAAAGACCAACGUGCUCCGUAAAAGUGCUUCCUUCAGCCAGGGUGAUGCCGAGCUCAUGCCCAUGCACCGGCGGAUCGGGGCUCCUCUGGAGAUUCCUGUCGCUCAAGUGGAGGAACGACGCCUGCAGGAAGCUGUGUCAAUGUCCGUUCUCGCAGAGCCUGACAGGAAGGAUUCUCGCCCGAUCACGCCAAAACCACGUACCCCUGAACCAAAAAGAAGUGAGACAAAGAUGGAAGACAAAGAAGCGUCACCUGGUAGGGAAAAUAAAGAUGAAGAAAGUAAAACCCGUAAGCAAACUGAGAGUGUCGGUGCAGUGAAAGAUGAUGAUCAGGAGGUCACUGAUGCUGCUUUCCAAAAGAAGGAUGUAAGCACGUUGAAAGAAACCGUCCGAGAACCUGAGAAGGUCCCGCAAGGUAGGUCACCUGUGAUUGUGCCAAGAAUUGUGUUAACUGAGAAGAUUGAAGAGGAAGAGGAGGAGGAAGAAGAGAAGCAACCAGUGAAAGAAUCCGUAACAGAAAGGGAACCUUCUGUCCAUAAGAUGGAGGUCAAGGAAGAAGAGAUGGAAGUGAGCACACCAAUUAAACCUUCAGAGAUCAUUAAAUCUGCAAGUUCUACAGUGGUCACCUCAGCUGUGGUAUCUCCAAGGGCUCCUCCGAGUGUUGUCUCAACAUUUGUGCCACCCCCUCCACCGGCACUCACCGUACUUCCAGACGGCCGGACAUCCGCAUAUGCAAGCAUCAUGCAGACCAUUGUAGUUCCAUCACUGCAACCAAGCCAGCCUGCAGUCAUUCCUACAUCUACCAGUAUCCCAACACCAAAUUCUCCCUCUGUACUGGUCUUAGCAACGUUGGAACCAACUCCUGCACCCACAGCACCAUCAUCUAAACCAGACACUAAGACUACUGAGCAUCCUGCAGUUUUCUCUCGAGUUGCAUCAGUCGAGCAACCAGCAAAAGAACCAAGUCCUUCCAAGACUCCCACCCGACUCUCUCCAAAAAGAGAAUCCUUACCAGCAAGCCACAUCCAGGACAUCGCCUCUGAGGAGGUCUUCGAGGCUCGGUUCAAAAAGCGUGAGUCCUCUCUCACUCGUAGUCUUAGACGUCUUUCCUGGCAAAAGGCAGAAGAAAAGCCGGCUGUAGUUGCUCCUGAGGCGACAGAGGAGAUGUAUCGUCCAGGACCGGUUGGGGCUCCUCUGGAGUUUGUACAUAGGAGGUUGGAGGAGAAGUCCAAGUCUGUCCAGGAUCUCCGUGAAGCACAGAAAGACCCGGGUUUCAUGAGGAGACUCUCUAUGCGUCUGAAGAGGUCACCUUCGGUCGAGAGGAAAGAGGAGAAGCCUAAAGAAGAAGAAGUACCGAGGCGUCGAUUGUCAUGGGCUUUGGGCAGGAGAGGGUCACAGGACAAAAAGGAAGUGGAGAUGAUGCGGCUGGAUGGUGGUCCAGAGACGCCUCCAGAGCCUGAGACUAAGAAACCGUCCGAGUCUCCCGUGCUGGCCAUGCGCAGAAAGAUCAGCAACACAGUGGCCGGAAUUUCCAUGAAAAUCAGGAGUCAUUCUGAGGAGAGAAAGGAUGAAAAGGAGGACGUUUCCGAGAGUAAGAGGACGCCUUUAAUGUCCAUCCUGCGCCGCUCUACCUCAGAAGGAGGCAGCCUGAAGAGGAUGGGCAUACCACAAAAUCAGCUGGUCUCCCAGUCAGGCACCGGAGCCUCCUCGGAGUCUUUGGAUUCCAUGUCCAGCAUACAGUCAGAGUCCGCGGCCAAAAACACAGAGACCGACCGCAGGUCACGAUGGGACCGAUGGGGACUGACCAGAGGCAAGAAGGACCGGACGAUCUCCCAGCCGGACCUGCCCACUGCUAUCGCCAGAGAGAACGGUUCACUCCGGUCCCGCCAGUCCUCCCGUACGGGCUCCGACUUCCCCCCGGUGUUCCAUAUCAAACUGAGGGACCACGUUCUGCUGGAGGGAGAUCCGGUCACGCUCAGCUGCCUCCCGGCCGGCAGUCCUAUACCGCGCAUCACGUGGAUGAAAGAUAAAAAACCUCUGGAGAUCGACCCCAGGAUGAACGUGAUCUCCUGCCCAGAUGGCAGACAGCUCCUGAUGAUCAUGAAGACCACCAAGAAAGAUGCGGGUCUGUACGAGUGUGUGGCUACCAACCCGCUGGCCUCCAUCAGCAGCUCCUGUAAGAUCUCUCUCGCCCGUCUGCCAAAUCGACCUGGCACUCCAGAAGUUCCACAGAAGUAUAAGAACACGGCGCUGGUGGUGUGGCGCCCGUCAGACACCAUGGCACCAUGCACCUACUCUCUGGAGCGGAGGACGGAGGGUGAAAGUAACUGGCUGAUUGUAGCCACUGGUAUUGCUGACUGUUACUACAAUGUCUCCGAGCUCCAGGCUGGAGCCACGUACAGGUUCAGGGUGGCUUGUGUGAAUAAAGCCGGUCAGGGGUCGUACAGCAAUCUGUCCGAAAAAGUCACUCUAGAUGCAGCAGCACCUCCGAAGUCCACUGGAACAGUCGUUGUCAAGACUCUUUCAUCAACAGCAAACCCUACUGUGGUCACUUCCACCAUGACGGUGCCUCCCAUUAAGCCUGUGGGGAGCAAACCUGCUCCCACAUCUUCUACCACCGUGGUUCAGACCCCUGCUGCAGCCACCAAACCUUCCACUGCUGUCACUCCCACCCCUCCACCUGCCCCAGUCCCAGCUUCAACACCUACAACAACCUCCAGUCACAAAGUCUCCAACCUCCAGCCUCCUGCUCCCAGCACCCAAGCUCCAGCCAAAGCCAAGACCACCCUCAACAUCACCGUCUCCAAACCCACCCCCAGUCCACCCACUACGACACAGCCGGUGCCACCCAGACCCGCUCCUCCUGUCGUCCUACCCAAACCACAGGCACCUGUUAAUGUGGUUCCUCCCAUGGCCAAAACUCCUCCGGUGUCUCCACCCCCUCUGGUCUCCCCUCCACCUACCCUCAGUAAACCCAUUUCCUCUGUACCCAUGUACGUUCCUGCACCAACGCCUGUGGUGACACCAGUUACCCCCACUACACCCUCUCCUGCCCUAAAUCCACCCGUCGUGUUGGUUACGAGUCUUUCUCCUGUCGGGGAGGGAACCACGACUCCGAGGAUGACCCCCAGUGGAAGGGUUACUCCGUCUGGACGAAUCACUCCCUCUGGGCGUAGAACCCCACUGGGAAAGCCAGGGGAGUCGGCGCUGCGACAGGGUGUACCCCAAAAACCCUACACCUUCAUGGAGGAGAAGGCCAGAGGUCGAUUCGGAGUCAUCCGAGAAUGUCGAGAAAACGCCACCGGUAACCUGUUCAUGGCCAAAAUCGUCCCGUACGAACCGGAGAGUAAGCAGGCCGUCCUGCAGGAGUACGAGAUCCUAAAAUCUCUGCAUCACGACAAGAUCAUGGCUCUACACGAGGCCUACGUCACACCCAGAUACCUGGUGCUCAUCUCAGAGUGCUGCUCAGGAAAAGAGCUCCUGCACAGUCUGGUGGACAGGUUCCGGUACUCUGAGGAUGACGUGGUGACGUAUAUCGUUCAGAUCCUGCAGGGUCUCGACUACCUGCACAACAGAAGAAUCCUUCACCUGGACAUCAAACCUGAUAAUAUCAUCGUAACACACAUGAACGCCAUCAAGAUCAUCGACUUCGGCAGCGCUCAGAACUUCAACCCACUGUUCCUCAAGCAGUUCAGUCCACCGAUAGGAACUCUGGAGUGCAUGUCUCCUGAGAUGUUGAAAGGAGACGUUGUGGGUCCUCCAGCUGAUAUCUGGAGUGUUGGAGUUCUGACCUACAUCAUGCUCAGUGGACGGUUGCCGUUCAUGGAGAACGAUCCAGCAGAAACUGAGGCCAGGAUCCUGGCAGCCAAGUUUGACCUCAGCAAGCUCUACCAAAACGUGUCGCAAAGUGCCUCUCUGUUCCUCAAGAAGAUCCUAUGCAGCUACCCUUGGGCCCGACCCUCCAUCAAAGACUGCUUCAACAACUCGUGGCUGCAGGACGCGUAUCUGAUGCGGCUGCGGCGCCAGACGCUAACCUUCACCACCACGCGUCUCAAAGAUUUCCUCGGUCAGCAGCAGCAGGUCCGAGCGCAGCAGGUCACCAAGCACAAGGUUCUCCUGCGUUCAUACCAGAGCUCCGGCCACACCCCGACCACACCCGUCACCCCGACCUCACCCAUCACACCCAUCACCACGCCCUCUACACCCACCGCUCCCGUCACUCAGUGAGCACGACCUGCUGCAGACGGACCGACGCGAGUAGAAGAACGGCGAGGCACGGCCCCCCGUGGUGGGCGGAAAACGUCCUGAGAACAUGCUGUGCUCUGGUUGAACUGUGCCACGCCCAGCCUCAGCACGGUUGGCACCCGUUCUGAGAUCAGACAAGGGAAAUUAGUCUCAGUCUCAGGAAAAGACUAGAAACUCAUUCAGGCCAGCCUGCUUCAUGCACAGCAUCGCCACGCCCACGCAACCCUAUUUAUUUUCUUUUAUUCUUCCUCUGAGUGUUUGAUUAGAAGCCCGGAUACACCAAGACCUGGCGCCAGUGCACCAACUUCAGCUGAAUGUGGGCAUGCCAAAAUGUUUUUGCUCCCUCUAGAACAGAAAUAAAGUGUCAUACAGCAGGUGGCAGUAGUGAACAGUCAAAAUAAUAAAAGCUAAAACCAGUAAAAAUCACUGGUACUGCUGUAUUAACCUAUUCCACAUGUCGUUCUCCAGUAUCAGCACCUACAUGCUGUUUAAUGCAGUUCACGUUUCGACCACUGGAUGGCACUGUACAACAUCGUAGCUUAAACUGGGCUCUGUAGAUUGUGUGGUGUAAUACAGAGUACAUAGUGGUGAUGUAGAACCCAGCCGGGUUAUAUUAUAUUAUAAUAAACCACAAUGAUAAAGUUUAUAAAGCACUAAAUGUAGUUUUUUAAGACGAACACAUUUUAAUUCUUAAAUAAUAGCAGCUACAGUAGAUGAAUAUUAAUGCACCCUGUGUGCACGCCUAAAACCGUGCCGAUUGUUUGCUUGACCGUCCUCCGUGUUCCGUCUCCUGCGCUGAGGCACCAGGCUGAACAGGAAACUUCAGCUUCCAGCAUCAAUUAAAAAUGCUUAGUCGGCUGAACGGGUACUGACAGCGACCGCCACCCAGAAACAGAGCAAAAUCUACAGACGACGGUCGAGUGGGCUUGGUGUGUCUGGUUCUUCAGAGUCGUGAGCUCUGUGGUAAUGAGGGAGUCUCCUGAGCUUCUGCGUUUAUGGAGAAGAAUAAAAGACGUCUCUUUUUUCUGCUGUUUUUACCCUGUGUGUGUUUAUGAGAGAUUUAUCACUGAGCUUUAUUAUAUUCAUGUAAAGUCGAACGUUUGGAAUUAGUGCUUCAUAACGGUAGGUGUGGUACAGAAUAAAGUACCGUGGUCUUCCAUGGAGAGUAGAAGUUUAUAGGUACUAUAUAGGUACAGAACUGUAGUCUGAUGAUGAGGGUUAAUCCUGUUACUGAGAGAUAAAGAAUAUUUGGAAGCGUAACCACUGAGCCACCGCUGCUGUGGACGUUGUUCUGCUAACAUAAUGAACCACAAGUAAAAGAAUUAAAACGUUUUCUGUUA